GCUGCGCCUGUGGGCAGCGCGGCUGAAGGACGGACUGACGGCGGCAAGGGUGGGGUUAGAAAGAGGGCGGUCAAGUCGCCGGCGUCCUUCUUUAGCCCCCUUCGUCCUGGAAAUCGUAGGGGUUGCUGCUCCGUUCCCUCUGCCACCCUCCUUCUCCUUCCCUGUCCUGUCCCGUUGUUUUAACGCUUCUUUUGGGACACAGAUUUUAGGGGGUGGGUGGGAGAGAGAGAGAGAGAGAAAACACGCUCCUGUUUUGCAAGAACAGCAGCUUUCUUGGCCAUGGUCCUCUUUUCCCUUUUACUGUCCGUCCCCCCGUCUCCAUAUAUCGAGACUUCUGCAGCUUUUCCAGACCUUCUUCCCCGUCCCACCCCCAGCCUUCUUUCCUUUGCAGUUUAAUUGCAACCAUAUGUAAACUAACUAGAAAUAACUUUCCAUGUAUCCUAAAGGGAUUCAUUCCCUCCCAAAAGAAUGGAUUUCCAAUGGCAGCUAUUGCUUCUCUUUCCUAACUUCCCUCCACCUUCAGCCACUUUUUCCUAGCAUACUUUGCUUUUCAGUUUCCUCUAUUUCUUUAUUUUCUCAACCUUCCUCCUCCAAUUUGCUUUCUUUCCCUCCCUGCCGCCCUCCCUCUCCCCCCUCUCACACACCCACACCCACACACCAACAGAAGGUUUGAAGAUCCUCCCCUUCAGUUCAGACAUCUUCCCUUCUCUCCUCCUUUCUCAUCCUUGGACCCCCUUAGCCCCAAUCCUUCCUCCUCCAGCUGUGCUGUUGCUCCGUCAUCCUUUGUGUCUGAUGGCGAGUAGUGGUGCCUGUCAGUGCCACGAUAUUUGGACGAGGUUUCUCUUUCUUCCCUGCUUUUUGGCAUCCCUUCAAAAUGUUUCUUGGGUGAGCAGCAGGUAUAGCCUCAGAACACAUGAGGAGUGCUUUCUGUGAAGAAUUUGGGCAACGUUAGUUCUGGAAUCUUUAUGAAGCAUUUAACUUUAAAGCAUGGCAGAAAAUAAAGAAAGGAAACCUAAAAAUGCAGAUGUGAGACCCAAAACCAGCCGGAGUAGAAGUGCAGACAGAAAGGACGGAUACGUAUGGAGUGGAAAGAAGCUUUCCUGGACAAAAAAGAGUGAGAACAGUUCUAAUGCCGAAAUGGCAAACGCCUCAGGAAUACCUACAUUAAGCCUAAGGAACCAGGAGAGAAAACAGAGCUGUUCUUCAGCUGAGAUGGAGUUGGAACAUGUAUGUGGUCACAGGUUCCUAAGCCGUUCUUUUAAACAGAAAUUGCAGGAUGCGAUGGGACAAUGUUUUCCCAUAAAGAGUUGCAACACUCGGCGUUCUUCAGGGCUGUCACCAAAGAGGAAAAUACAUAUCAGUGAGCUUAUGCUGGACAAAUGCCCUUUCCCACCACGAUCUGAGCUAGCAUUCCGAUGGCACUUAAUCAAGCAGCACACUGCCCCUGUAAGACAAAAAUCUGAAAGCUGGCUAAGUGUGGGUUCAUCCAAAGGUGAAAGGAAAGAUGAAGACCUGAGAGAGAUUGACGGGACAGAUGAGCCAGACUCCGAUGUAUUGCAGGAAAGUAACGUUAUUGACUCCUAUCCGUGUGAUCCUCAAGAGGAAUCUGCCAUGGGUGGCAAGCAGCUAAAGAGCAGCAGAGAGGAAAGUGACAUGGACUCUGAUGAUGAAGUAGUGACACUCUGCACCAGCUCCAGGAAGAGAAACAAACCACGGUGGGAAAUAGAGGAUGACCUUCUGCAGCUGCAGAUGCCACUCAGAUAUCACACCCAGAUUGAUUAUGUUCAUUGUCUGGUUCCUGACCUCCUUCAGAUCAAUAAUAACCCAUGUUACUGGGGAGUGAUGGAUAAAUACGCUGCAGAAGCACUUUUAGAUGGAAAGCCAGAAGGGACUUUUUUAUUACGUGAUUCUGCCCAGGAGGAUUACUUAUUUUCCGUUAGUUUCAGGCGUUAUAGUCGUUCUCUUCAUGCCAGGAUCGAACAGUGGAAUCACAACUUCAGCUUUGACGCUCAUGAUCCAUGCGUCUUCCAUUCUCGUGACAUUACUGGGCUUUUAGAACAUUAUAAAGAUCCAAGCUCUUGUAUGUUCUUUGAGCCACUUCUCUCGACUCCCUUACACAGAACUUUCCCUUUUUCCCUUCAACAUCUAUGCAGGACAGUUAUUUGUAAUUCUACAACGUACGAUGGCAUAAAUGCACUUCCUGUUCCUCCAUCUGUAAAGCUGUAUUUGAAAGAAUAUCAUUAUAAAUCAAAAGUAAGAGUCCUCAGGAUUGAUGUACCAGAUCAACAUGCCUAGAAAGACAUUCUGGAAAUUAUUUAUAAUUAUUCUGGGAGAUUUUGUUUUUAUUUCUCUUUCUUAUUAAUAAAAUUUUCAUGCAAAAAUAUCUACAGAUCAUACUUAACUUUGCCUGAGCCUUAUGUCCAAAUAGAUUUUUACUUCUUGCCCCAAUGAACAGGUUUCUGUAAAAAAACACAAAAUUGGUACUAAUAUUCUAUAAAGUUUUGUGAAAUUUCAAGGAAGCUAUUUUUAAGUUUUCAUUCAAGCUUAACUUUUUAGAUACGAAGCUAAGUCAAGAUUAAAUUUGACUUAUCUUUUAUAAACUAAUUUAUAUGCACUACAGGCAUGCUUGAAAAACUGAAUAUAGUAGCUCUUCCAGAAUUGCCAAUUUGUAUGUUUUUUUUUAAAUUAUCCUGUCCUUGCUAUAAAAAAUAAAAUUAAUAAGAUUGUGAUGCUCCUACCAUUCUGGGUACUGGUGGUUUUAAAUUUCAUAUAGGUUGCUUAAAUUUUGAGAUUAAAUGUCACAACCAUAUGCUGUUUGUCAGAACAUGAUUUGGAGUUUUUAUCAUUUUUAAUAAAUGUUGACUAUAUA